UAACGAUAGAAAGGGAGGAAAACCAAAGUUUCCAAGAGACGAGAGAGAGAGAGAAAGAGAAGCUCGAAAAUUGAUAAGAAGAAGAGAGGGAGGACUCAUCCACCAUUAAUGCUACCACCACCCAACGGCAACGCCUUUCUCAACACUCUCUCAUGUUAACACUUGAGAACCAAUAAUAAAAAGUUGGAGAUUGCAUCAAGGUUCCCAAAUUUUGGUUCUCUCUACAGAAUCACCACUCAAUCAUGGGGUCUUGCUUGAGUGCUCAGGUCAAAGCUGAGAGCCCAGGGGCAAGUCCGAAGUUCAUGAGCUCUGACGUCAAAGAUACUGGUAGUCUUGGGAGUAAAGCUUCUUCUGUGUCUGUAAGACCAAGCCCUCGAACUGAAGGAGAGAUCUUACAGUCUCCAAACCUCAAGAGUUUCACCUUUUCAGAGCUAAAAUCCGCAACCAGGAACUUCAGACCAGACAGUGUCCUUGGUGAAGGUGGUUUUGGUUGUGUGUUCAAAGGAUGGAUUGAUGAGAAGUCUCUCACCGCCACAAAACCAGGAACCGGUUUGGUUAUUGCUGUCAAAAAGCUUAACCAAGAUGGUUGGCAAGGUCACCAGGAGUGGCUGGCAGAAGUGAAUUACCUAGGUCAGUUUUCUCAUGGACACCUUGUGAAGCUGAUCGGUUAUUGCCUAGAGGAUGAGCAUCGUCUUCUUGUUUACGAGUUCAUGCCACGUGGUAGCCUAGAGAAUCAUCUUUUCAGGAGAGGGUUAUAUUUCCAACCGUUAUCUUGGAAACUCAGGUUAAAAGUAGCUCUUGGUGCUGCAAAGGGCCUAGCUUUUCUUCACAGCUCCGAGACAAGAGUUAUAUACAGAGACUUCAAGACUUCUAAUAUCCUUCUUGAUUCGGAGUAUAAUGCAAAGCUUUCGGAUUUUGGGUUGGCCAAGGAUGGACCAAUAGGAGAUGAAAGUCAUGUCUCUACACGAGUCAUGGGUACACAUGGAUAUGCAGCUCCUGAAUACCUUGCGACCGGUCAUCUAACAACAAAGAGUGAUGUCUAUAGCUUCGGGGUAGUGCUUCUAGAGCUGUUGUCUGGUCGUAGAGCCGUGGACAGAAACAGACCAUCGGUAGAGCGGAACCUUGUUGAGUGGGCUAAACCAUACCUUGCAAACAAAAGGAAGGUAUUCAGAGUCAUUGAUAAUCGUCUUCAAGACCAGUACUCUAUGGAAGAAGCAUGUAAAGUGGCUACUCUCUCUCUGAGAUGUCUUACUACAGAGAUUAAGCUUAGACCAAACAUGAGAGAAGUAGUUUCGCAGCUUGAGCAUAUUGAGUCUCUAAAUGCUUCUAGAGGAGUGGGAUAUGUGGAUAGGUCAGAGAGAAGAAUGCGUAGGAGAAGUGACAGUGUUGUUACCAAAAAACCUGACGCAGGUUUUGCUAGACAGACCGCGGUGGGGAAUACAGUUGUUGCUUAUCCUCGCCCUUCGGCCUCACCGUUGUAUGUCUGAAGAGUAAUAACACGUCUGUGUUCUUGAUAGAACUUUGUAUCAUGUCAUGUCUUGGAUUUGGAUGUACACUUGUCUCUGUUAGUGCAAGAGUCCAGUUCAUACAUUCCAUCUCUGGUUACAGGGACAACAAACAAUUAAUUUUGAUCUUUGUAACGUGAGGUUUCAUUGAGACAGGAUAAGUUAGCUCUCAUAUUUGGUUGUAUUGAUAUGUUAUAUUUGUUUGGAGUAUGUUUUUUUCAGUUACAU